UCUGAUUAUGGCACGGAAAAUUGUACUGUAGCUUCCUUACAGAUUGCAUUUCAUUUGAAGAGCAAUUCAUUUCUUGGAUCUCAUGCAUAUAUUUAUGGACCAUCAAAGUCAAAUGUGAAAAUAGAAGGGUGGUGGUCUCAGUUAAGAAGAGGAAAGACAUCAUGGUGGAUAGACAAGUUUAAAAGAUUGAAAGAGAGGGGCUUAUUUGAUGGAUCUAUUCUUCAUAAGUUUGCUUUAGCAUAUACUACUGUUGGGAUUAUCACUAGGGAACUUGAAGAAUUUAAAAAUUAUUGGAAUUCACACAAAUUAAGGCAUAACAGGAAAGCAUCUUUACCAUCUGGAAUUCCACAAAAUCUUUAUCUAAUGCCACAUUUGUAUGGAGCACAAGAUCAUAUUCAACCAAUUGAUGUUCCUUUAUGGAUUUAUGCGAUGAGAAAUGAAAGUGUGUCCAAGCCAGAUUUUUAUUCCAACUCAUUCAAGGAAGUGGUAGAUAAUCUUCUCGAGUCAUCACUUGGGUUGAAGCAAGAGGAUAUUACACAUAGUAACAUUGAAGAUAUAUAUUUGUAUUAUUGUAAAUAAGAUAGAGUUGAAUU